UUACUGCUUUCCUCAUUCCCAAUUUCCGAUUUCUUCCGUCUCUUCGGCCGCUAGUUUAUGAAGAAUGGCUGCCGCCGCAGACUCUCCGCCUCCUCCGCCUUCAACCACCGCACCACCACAAGCUGAAUCCGACCAGAUUAAGAAGCCUCCGCCUCCGAAUCUCGCUCCUCCACCCGCAACCUACGUCGUCCGGGUACCGAGAGACCAGAUCUUCUACAUUCCGCCGCCGGGGAACGCCGCAAAAUACGAGAAGUUCAGCCGCGGUAGAGAACGCCGGAGCUUCUGCUGCAGAUGCUGCUGCUUCACCUUAUGCCUCCUCUUCCUCCUGAUCAUCGCCACCGCCGUCUCCGCCGUAGCGGUGUACCUCGUCUUCAGAUUCCAAUCGCCGAGUUACACCGUGACCAAAGUCGCUAUACACGGAAUGAAUCUAACUUCCGCGGCGCCGAUCUCACCGCGAUUCGACGUCGCCGUCAGAGCCGAGAACCCUAAUCUCAAGGUCGGCAUCUACUAUUUGAAGGAAAGCUCCGUAAAUGUUUACUACGACGGAGUGAUGCUAGGCUACGGCGUUUUGCCCGAUUUCUACCAGCCGAGGAAGAAUGUGACGGUGGUGCGGGCGACGGUGGCGGGUUCCGAUGUCGUUCUCGGCGAUGCCGUUAAAACGAAGUUAAGGAAUGCGCAGAGCCGCGGGAAAGUGCCGUUAGUGUUGACGGUGGAAGCCCCCGUUAAGUUUAAAGUGGGAGCCGUUAAGACGUGGGAAAUCACCGCCGAGGUGAAGUGCGACGUCGUUUUGGACAAGUUGAGUGAUAAAGCACAAAUUGUUUCUAAGCAUUGUGAUUAUAGCGUUAGACUUUUUGGAUAGAUAGGAUCAAUUCAAAUUCAUUUUUUUUACUA